AUGGCCCAUCUCAUAACUUCCGACCCCGGUGUAUUCAACGCAAGAUCCUACGACUACCUGGUAAUCGGCGGUGGCACUGCCGGCCUUGCUCUUGCCUCCCGGCUCGCACAGGACGAGGGAAUCAAGGUCGGCGUGCUAGAAGCAGGGAAUUACCACCAAGGCAACCCGCUAAUUGACAUCCCGGGCCAUUUUGGGUCUCUGGUUGGGAACGACGAAUUUGACUGGAAAUUCGAAACUGUGCCUCAGGAAGGGCUAGGCGGCAGAAAACUGCCUUGGCCUCGAGGUAAAGUGCUGGGUGGCACAAGCGCGUUGAACUUUCUGGUCUGGAAUCGGGCAGCUAAGGAAGAUUACGAUGCUUGGGAGAAGCUGGGGAACCCGGGGUGGAACUGGGAGUCGCUAUUACCAUUUUUCAAGAAAUCGGAGACCUUGACCCUCCCAUCCCAGUCUCACCAGGACAAGCACCAUUCUUCAGUUGAUCCUGUCUUUCAUGGGACUUCGGGUCCAGUCUCCACCUCGUUCUCGCCGUGGUAUGCCGCCACCCAUUCGUUUUGGCGUGACACACUUCAAAUUCUCGGAAUCAAGAAAAACCCGUCGGCAUUGAACGGGUCCAACACUGGCUCCUGGACCACCAUUCAGAGUGUGGACCCUGUUACUGCAACGAGAAGCUACUCCGUCACCGCCUAUCUGGGUCAUAAUCCUCAGCGGAGCGCCGAAAUUGAACAGCCAAACUUGGUGAUCUUGACAGGGGCACAGGCUCAGAGAAUAUUGAUAGAAAGGAGUGGACAAGGCACGUUACGCGCUACUGGCGCGGAAUACUUGCAUAAAAGCGGCGUCUUCACUAUCGAAGCUGGCCUCGAGGUCCUGGUCGCUGCCGGUACUAUACAAUCGCCACAGCUGCUCGAACUGUCGGGUAUAGGAUCUCACGAAGUGUUGACGAAAGCUGGGGUCGAGGUCAAGUAUGAAAAUGAGAGCGUCGGCCGUAACUUACAGGACCAUCUAAUGACUGAGAUUACCUACGAGCUCGAGCCGGGAAUUCAAACGCCGGAGGAUCUGGCUGAAGACCCUGCUAGUAAGGAGGCCGCCGAGAAACUGUAUCUCGAAGAAAAAGACGGAAUCUACCGGAGCACGCCCUCCUCCAUGGCAUACGUGCCGCUGAAAGAUCUAAUCACAGGGCGGAAAUUGUCCGACCUAUACGAACAGAUCGCCGCGGCGGAAAUCCCCGGCCUUUUGCCUACACAGAAGGAGUUGCUUCUCGAAAAUCUCAAGCACGGCAGCGUGGGGCACGUUGAAUUCAUCCUCCACCACGGGAACAGUAGCGCGUUUGUAGGGGAGAGAGGAAAGCGAUAUGCGACUAUCCACCAAAUUCAGCAAUAUCCCUUCUCUCGAGGCCAGAUCCACAUCCGGUCUCCUCACGCCUCGGAUAAGCCCGCCAUCGACCCCGCCUACUAUACUCCGGCCCGGCUGCCUCGGCCUGCUUCUAGCGAGGCUGGGUCCUUCACUCCGGACCUCGACAUCAUCACCGCGGGGACCAUCUUUGCCGCAAAGAUCCCCCUCCAGCCGCCGCUGAACAGCAUCAUCGCCCGCCGGGUCUUCCCCCCCGAGGAGGGCGAGGGGGCGCCGGGGUCGGAAGAGGACUGGAGACGGUUCAUUCGCGACACCACCGUCACCGAUUGGCAUCCGGUGGGAACGUGCGCGAUGCUUCCCGAGAGAGACGGCGGCGUGGUGAACCCGAAACUCCAGGUGUACGGCGUGGCUGGCUUGCGGGUGGCGGAUGCUAGUAUUAUUCCGCUCCAUAUAAGCUCGCACCUGCAGGCGACGGUGUAUGCUAUCGCGGAAAAAGCUGCGGCGAUCAUUCGCGAGGACCGGCUCGGGCAAGGGAGGGAUUGA